UUAUGAUCCCAAAUUAGCAUCAUCAGGUCCGUUUUGAAAUGUAGUUUCAUAAUAUACCGAUUUGAUUUCAUAUGUGUUGCUAUUUUUUUCAACAAAAUUUGUCAAAGUUAAAUUUUUUGACUUAGGACAAAACUAGAUAUACAAUUAUUUGCGGCCGGAGUGAGUACGGAGUACUGUUAAUUUGGCCAGUAUGAACGGUCGGUACUCGGUAGUACUCUGUUGAUGGCUUGUGAUUAUUUAUGUUAAGUUGGUCCUUCCUUGAUUAUAUACUCACAAGGACCAUCUUGUAAGAAAAAAUAUAUUACACCUCCGUUCCCAUUGUACCCGGGCGUCUCCCAUAUGGGAACAGAGGUAGCAUUUCAUUUCACACGUAGAUCCUUCAUGAAGAAAUGGCCUAAUUGCCCUCGAGCAAAAGAAAAGGAAGGAUAUGAAGAGUUACGUCGGUUGCUUCCCUCUAAAAUAAGAAAAGAAGAGAGUUUUAACUUUUAAGUCGGCUGCUCGUCCCCUCUGAUCGAUUCGUCGCCUGUUGGCUCCUCCUCCUCUUGUACGCGCCCUGGCGAGGAGCCGGCUCUUCGACGGCGGACGCGGCUGGUUAGGAGGCGCAACGCCUGACGCGGAGUUUACACCAGGCUGUGCGCUGCAGAUUUCCACUGAACAAGUAUUUUUGAAUCCCAGGUUUGUGAGUGAGAUACAAUUCCUCCGAAAGCUGUAGUAGUGAUUCCUCCUGCGGUUUCGUUCAUGCCCCUUGCCUUCGUCCGGCUGCGCUGCAUCCCCAACAUCGCCGGGACAAACGAACGGGCUGGUCCGCCGCAGCGCGCCGCCGAUCGCCUCUUUCUGGUGACGAAUUUACCAGCUGCGCAAUGGGAAGACGAAGCGCGUCGCUUGUCCUGUUGAUUCUAGCGUGCCUUUGGCUGUGCCCUGGCCAUAGCAGCGGCCUCUCAUGGAACAUCUUCUCGUCUUCCUCCUCGGCGUCGGCAACCCCGAUGCUGGAGCUCGACGGCGCGGUGGCCGACUUCUCCAUGGACGGCAACAACAACCCUCGAGGGGUGAAGCUGCUGGAGAACGCGCAGAACAAGCUGGUGGGUCCCAAGAACUGCUGGCAUGAGGCCUACACGAAGCUCUUCGCCAGCUGCGGCGCAAUCAUGGCGGACAAAGAGCUUCAGUCGCGCCUCGCUUGGCACCUCAGCAGCUGUUUCCAGGUGGACUCCGGCCGGCCCGCCUUCCCGUCAUGCGGCGAGGCGUCCAAGAUGGUGCACUGCCGGAAGCGGCUCGGCGACUCCGAGAACAAGGUGUUCCUCGAGUUCUUCCUUGAGACCAACACGCUGUGCCACCAGCUACAGGCCGAGGCCUUCAAGCACAACACCGAGAGGCUCGUCAACGAGCUGUCCAGGUCGUCCAAGUCGGCCGAGGAGAAGCUAGAGGUGAUCGAAGACAGAUCAGAGCAGAUCAUCAGGGAGUCCCGAAAAGUGCAGGACACGCUCACCUCCAUCGAGACGCAGGCGGAGCGCCUCGCGGAGACGUCCAAGAACGUGGAGGACCAGAUCGACGACGUGCUGGUGCACUCCAGGACGAUCUUUGAUCAGUCCAGGGAGAUCGUGGCGUCGCAGACGGAGCUCAAGGAAGGGCAGGCCGAGAUGAGGGAGAAGAUCGAUGCCGGCAUGGAGCGUAUCCAUGAAUCGUAUGAGAAGCUUGGGAAUGGGAUGGAUAAACUGAAAGAGGAGACCGUGGAUAUUCAGAAGGAGAUAAAAAGUGUUGGUGAGUCCAUGUCUUCCAAGAUGCAGGAUUUGCAGGGCACUGCGGAUGAGAUUGGGAGCGUGGCCGGCAUAUCGUUGGAGAAUCAGAUGCAGCUGUUGGCUGGACAGGGUAAGGCCAUGGAUGGGCUGAAUAGCCUCUAUAACUUUCAGUCAAAGGCUCUUGAGGAAAGCAGAGAAACCAUGCAGAAACUUGCACAGUUUGGCCAACGCCAGCAGGAAGAGUUGCUAUCCAAGCAAGAGCAAAUCCGGCAAGCUCAUGAGCAUCUCAUCCAAAAUUCACACUCCAUACUGGAAGCUCAGGAAGAGUUCAGAGCGAAGCAGGCCAACAUUUUCGCUGCGCUGGACAAGCUUUACAUCCUCCACAACGCCAUUCUGGCCGAGUCCCGCUUCAUCAAGGCCUUCUUCUUCUAUUGCUGUAUCGUGUUCCUCAUCUACAUGCUCACAAGCGCGAAGCAAACGUUCAGAAUCAGGGGUCAACUUUACUUCGGUCUUUGCAUCACACUUCUGCUGGAAAUGGGCCUGAUCAGGAUCGGAGCCGGCAACUUUGACAAUCAAUUCUGGGUCUUGUCGAAGGUGUUCUUAGUGAGAUCACUAUUCCUUGCUGCUGCCACGAUUCAGAUUUUGCAUUCCAUUUUCACAUUCAGAGAUUACGAGUUGCUGAACCAUCGGCUGCUCCAGACGCUGGUCGAGAAAGUGCGAACGCUGGAGGAAAACGCAGGUGAGAGGAUGCUCUCGUACAGCGGGAGCGACGAGAGCCUGAGGAAUUACUCGUGGGUGUUCGACGAGUUGGCGGAUGAGGCUGACAGCAAAGGCGAUCCGAACUACGCCUUGCCGGAGCCUGCUCGCCGGAGGUACGCCGCCUUGCCUGAAGAGGUCGGCGAGAACUCCAUCACCACGUCGAGCCGGAGGUACAAUCUUCGGCCACGGAGCAGGCAUUGAUCGGUGAACGCUUUCGAUCCCUCGCGGAAAGGCAGGGUGUUAUAUGCUGUUUUGAUAUAUACGCGCCAAUUGUUUGGUUUUGACCCCAUUUGAGAUGAUGGUAUUGUAAGCUUAAAAAAAAGAGAUGAUGGGAUUGUAUUGAUUCACACGAUGUUGACGAAAUUUACACCAUAUUAAACCGGAUUUUUCUGAAA